UUAUGUUCGGUCGACACAAACGGGACAAUCAUUGUAUGGGAUGUGAACGAAGGGUCUGUCCUGACACUCAUCACUGCCAACAAAGAGCUCAAAAACGUGGAGACAAUUGAAUGGAUUGAGUUGAAGACUCCGGACAAUAAGUUCGGCGAAAUAGUUUGGACCAAACAUUUCGAUAUAACCAUCAAAAGCAUAUCUAUGGACCCGUUCUGCAGAAACAAUGUCCUCUUUGCCAUUCAAGCGAAAGACUGUUGUUUCGCGACUAUCGAUGACCUCAGACCUAACGGUUCGCCCAACAGAUCAGUCAAAUACUACUCCGUUGUCUCCAAUCCGACAAAGAGUUCGCCUAAAAGUGUGUCUUCUGUUCCGAAAUAUACUCUUUUGACAGAAAGAGUUGUUUCGAGCGAUUCUAAUGCAUUGAGUGAUUGGAUUCAGAUUUGUCACCACAAAGCUGUUCGCAAUCAAGUAUUGCUGGCAAUCAGUCGUCAAAUACUAGUAAUUGAUUUGUCGAUCGAAGCCAUCAUCUGUUGUGUGCCACUCGAGAGGAACUGUUCCAACAUUACGAAUGUGUUUUCGUGUCGAAACCGAAAUGCAUUCUUCGUUUGUCACGACUUCGGAACUGUUUCGUUGCGAUUAUUUCAGAAACAAGUGGUAAACGACGCAAACGAAGGCACAGAUAAUGUUAUCAUCUCUUAUGCAAACCUCUGUCAGUCCGACGGUUUAAGACUUACCAAACAAAACAAGAUAUUUGGCUAUUCUUUGUCGCCAACUGAUGAGACAAAAGUAGCUCUUCUGCUAAAUAACGGCAGAAUAGUCAUCAAAAAAGUGCAUAAAAUUGGGACUAAACCUAACUAUGAGUUGAUAUCUUUGCCUUUCAUUUAUGAUAUCAUUACUACAGAUGAAUAUCUUGCGAGCGAUAAGAAAUGUAAGACAUAUCGCAUUUUAAUGACUCAAAUGUCUUCAGCACUUAAUUUCAGUCCUCAUGUGAUCCGUAUGUGUCCGCCCGUAACGAUGAGGAACUGGCAGUUCCAUAGACCUCUGUUAGCUGUGGGCGACUCCAGUGGAAGCGUUCAGAUCUGGAAUCUGUCGCUUUCAUCGCUCGACAAAGAGCUGGGAAUCCAUUCGUUUCCAGUGAGAGGCCUGGAGUGGACGGGUUUGGAUGCGUUCAUAUCAUACGCUUAUCCAAACAUAUCUCCACAUUCAGGAAAGACUAACAAUGAGUUGAAUAUAACUGAAGUUAAUUCGGGAACGACUUAUCCGAUGAGAACUGAGAGGAAUAUGGACUCGUCUCCCAUCGAGUCGUUGAGAAUAUCGCACUUAAAGCAGUAUCUCAUCAUUUCCUUCAAAGACGAUCCCUUUGAGAUCUGGGACUUAAAGAGUUUAUCACUGCUUCGAGUUAUGCCGAAACAGUUCUCUGGUGUUACGGCCAUAGAGUGGAGUCCUCUCUAUAAUAAGCGCAUUGAGAGUCCAAACAAUUCCGUCACUUCUUUGCACUCCAAAGAGAACUUUGUGGUGACGAACAGCACCGGAGAGUUAUAUCACUUCUCCAUUGAGGGUAAUGUAGUGAAAGAAAUCACUUGUAUUCCUCCGGACACCGAAAUGAGUGCAAACAUCACAUGCAUUGCAUGGAAGAGCGAUCAGGUGCUGUUGGGCGACGCCGUCGGCAAUCUUAACGUGUGGGACCUCAAGAAGAAGGUGUCGCGCAUCGAACCGACACAUCGCGGGCCCAUCAAGAAGAUCAGGUUCGGCCCCGGGAGGGGAAACAUGAAGUUCUUAAUGCAAUACAAUGAUGGCGUCGAUAUUUGGGACACAAAAGACUUUAAAUUAAGCGCACAAUUAAAACAUCCUCGGGAUGUGAGCUUCAAGAUUGUGGACAUUGAUUGGGCGGCCAGUGAUCGACCCAUUUUGUGCACUUCCGAAGGCAGCCUUUUUGUGACCGAUAUGAAACUCAGACAAUACUCGUCCUCAAUGUCUGAACUAGUGGUCAAUCAAACAGAUUCCCAAGACAUCGACUUGAAAUCAAUGAACUUUUAUUUGUUGUCUUCAAUGUCUCGAUUCAUAUUUAAGUCCAAACUAUUCCUAAACCAAUGGACCGGUGGACCAAAACUACCCGAUUGUGAGAUCGAGAGAAAUAUAUUGAUUUCAAAACUGUUUAAUGAUUGCGAAAGCUUUCACUUUUGGAAUAUUGUUUCAUAUGUUUUGUGUGACAAUAAGGAAAGAUUGGAUCGAAACCACGAUUUAUUCCUUAAGAACCACACAUAUAAAGACAUUCAGUUUGAAAGGGUCUCACUAUUGGACUCAUUUCGGAGUAAUUAUAAUCAAAACAAAAUUUUAUAUGAAAUGCUUCUCCUCCUGAAUCAACCGCAACGAGCGGUUCAGUUGCUUCUGGAAAGUGAUUCUUCGAUGACUGACUAUUAUGUGGACGCUUUGAAGGCUUGUCUCAUCGCUUCACUUCAAUCUAAUGAUUCUGCAGCUCAUCCGGUCAUCAAAUUAGUGGCAACUAAUUUGAUAGCCAAUGGAAAGGUGGGCGACGGCUCUCAGCUGUUGUGUCUGAUCGGCAAAACACAGGACGCCUGUCGUUAUCUUCAGAGCGCUAAUAAGUGGUUGGAAUCGAUUUGUUUGGCAAAAUGCACACUUGAAGGUGAGGAGUAUACGGAGAUAAUGCGCCGGUGGGCCGAACACCUCAUUUCGCAGCACAACUAUAAGACAGCUGUCAUUGCGUUCAUAUCAUUGAAACAAUAUAUGAAAGCCAUUCAAACUCUGCAUAAAUUCGACAUCGAAAGGGCGAAAAAGUGUUUCUUUGAAAUGAUGGCAAACAUGAAAUACUUGAGCAGAACCCAGAAGACAGUCGAGAAUCUGUGGUAUUCCUACCUAUUAUUCCGGUGCUGUGUUGUUGUGAUUCCCAUUUACAUCAUAUUAAUACUGAUCGGUUCGUAUGCGAUGUCCAAUAACAUGCAAUUGCCAUCAAUGGUCACCACAUUAUACGAGUUCUCACUACUGGUCUUUUCUGCGGCCAUUAUAUUCAUAAUUGUCUUAAUUUUGGCCACUUUUGGAUCCAAUUCCAACAAAAUCUCUGACAAUGACUUGGAGUAUGAGAGCGAUAUUCUUCAGUCCAUUAAUGAGACCUCUUUUGAUGACUUGACACUAACUAACACUGAAGAGCGUCUGCUGACAGACAUCGAGCGGACCACAGAUCAGAUCGAAUUCUUCUUCGAGAACUGCGAUGACUUUGUCGUCGAUUUAGUGUCUAUUGAAGACACGUUCGCCUCAAAUGAGCGCAACUAUCACUUCGACUCACCGCCGACUUAUGAAGAAGCCGUCAGAUCUGAUAAACUCAAGACUUGA